GACGUAAUCUCAGAAUGCGAUGCGAGUUGCGGCCUAUAGUUGGUUAGUUGUGUGUAGCUCGCUUCGCCCAGUCUGUCAGAAGCUCGUGCUACAGGUGUGAGGUUCCUGCGGGUCCACUUCUGUGUUUGUUUGUAUUUUUUGUCCAGUGAAGAGUUUGAGAUGAGGCUGCCCCAUCUAUCUCUGUUGCUCCUUGCGUUCCUUGGCUCCAGUCAGGGAGACCUGGCCCCUCCUGAAAGGAGCUACAAGAUCCUCAUGCUCCUCCCAGCUUCGUCGAAGAGUCACAGGAAUGUGUUCAUGCCCUUAGCUGAGGCCCUGGCCGACAGAGGGCACCAGAUAGUGAUGCUUACGAACCACAACAAACCAUCCAAGCACCCGAACAUCCGGGAAAUCAACCACGGACUCGACGAUUUCAACACGGACAACAUGAACAUGUUCGAGGAGAGGAAGAAACCGGCUGGCGCCUUUCAGCUGUUCAAGACUGCUCUGCCCAGCCUGGCGCGGAAGUUGUACCAGCUGCCCGAAGUGAAAGAGCUCUUUGAGAAGAGGAAGGAGUUCGACCUCAUUGUCAUCAACCACAUGUUUAAUGAGAUUAUCUACCCAUUUGCCCAUGAAAUGCCUUUCAUCACAGUGGCCACCCCAGGCAUGGACUUCCGACAGAGUGCCGUCUUAGGAAACCCACUGAGCCCAGCCUACGCUCCUGGAUUUCAUGGGGCUCAAGGCUUGGAUACCCUGUUUGGUCGCCUCAAAAACCUAUUUGGUCAUGUUUUUAUGGCUUUCUACUGGAGAAUCUGGGCCAUUAUACCUCUUGUUCAAGAAGAGAUCGACAAGCAUUUCCCUGAUUUUCCUCCUCUCCUCGAAAUUGAAAGGAACCAGAGCCUCACCUUGAUGAACUCCCACUUCUCUAUGGAUACGACUUACCCUCUUUUACCAUCUCAAAAGGAAGUCGGAGCAAUGCACUGUCGACCUGCGAAGCCACUGCCAGAGGACCUACAAUCGUGGAUUGAAGGAGCUGGAAAAGCUGGUGUUGUCUACUUUAGCUUGGGUUCAGUAGCCAGAGGUGACACGAUGCCAGUGGAAUACAGGAACAUGUUCAUCGAGGCUUUCAAGAGACUAGAACAGAGAGUCCUCUGGAAGUUUGAAUCAGACCUUGAAGGAGUGUCUGAUAAUGUCAAGAUCAGCAAGUGGCUUCCACAGCAAGACAUUCUAGCCCAACCCAACGUGAAGGUCUUCAUCACUCACGGCGGUCUCCUGAGUUCUCAAGAAGCCUCUUACCAUGGCACACCUUUGCUAGCACUACCCAUCUUCGGAGAUCAGCCAAAGACUGGGGAGAAGAUUGUUAAUGAUGGAUUAGGCCUAUCUCUUGUCUGGGAAGAACUGACGGUUGAGUUGCUCGUGGAUUCCCUCCAAGAGAUUAUCAACAACCCGAAGUACAGAGAAAACGCAGCAAUGGUAUCGAAGCUCUCCCAGGACCAGCCUGAGCACCCUGUAGACCGAGCUGUCUUCUGGACAGAGUACGUCAUCCGUCACCAAGGAGCCCCAAAGCUGAGGUCGCCAGCAGCCAGUCUCUCCUGGGUGGAACUCCUUCUUCUGGAUGCCGCGGCUCUUGUUCUCCUGACUGUCGUAGUAGUCCUGCUCUUGAUAUCCUGGCUCUUCAAAAAGAUCCUGCGCGCCAUUUUCGGCUCUGCGGAAAAACACAAGAGAAAGACCGAGUGAAAAGACAAUGAGGUUCUAAUAUUUCUUGGCGGUCAUUCUCUUUACAGUCUUUUGUUUAUGUCCUAAACACGCCGCUAAGGUGGAUACCUACCGGCUUAAAACCUUUAGAGGUCACUAUCCUGGAAAGAUCCGGUAAUGAAAAUGGUCUGUCUCUGCCCAGUGAGACGAAGCUCAUUCUACCAGGUGCUAAAGAUGUGCAGUCACAUUUUAACGAUUUUUUAGAGAUAGCGAGAGAAGCGUGUAUAAUCCAUUUUAUAGGAGACACUGUUCUAUUGAAAGUUAAAGCGUUUGAUACUUACAUAGGUGCACAUAAGUACAGAUCAACAAUGAUAGUAUACUGCCACUUAGGCAGCUGUAGGCUUACUGUUGUACAUAAUACAAAUAUCCUUUGUACUUUUUCAUUGUCAUUACAUUUUGAAUACAAUUUGAAAUAAACAUUUGAUUCUGCAUUUUUCAAAUUAGAUACAGAAGAUUUUAAAUAAGAUUUUUUUUUUA